CAGAGCCACAAAGUUGACCGGCUGCCAUUAAAAGAGAGUCAUGGCAAAUAUCGCAAUGCGCUAAGUAUGACACGCUGAUGUUUGUCACCGUAAUCUACGUUUAAGGUGAGCGAGAGAGACGCAGAGGGAUUGGCUGCUGCCUUACCUGCCCAGGUGGAAGGAGCGGAGGAGAGGCAAGCCAAACACAAACACAGGGAGAGAGAGAGAGAGGAGAGAGGGAGAGAGGGGCAGGGAGAAAAGAAGCGGGGCGAGAAAAAGUCGACUUACCUGUAGCCCAACUUCUGGCAACUCACUCUCACUCUAUUACCUGCUCCGACUUGAAAGUCCAGUUUCACAAGGAAGAAUCGUAGAGGAAGCUAAAUAUGUCACAGGAGACAGACAACAAACGUCUGGUAGUGGUGGUCCCCAACGAGAGGAGGGCGUACACCAGCGAGGAUGAGGCGUGGCGGUCGUACCUGGAGAACCCGCUGACAGCCGCCACCAAGGCGAUGAUGAGCAUCAAUGGAGACGAGGACAGUGCCAACGCCCUGGGUCUGCUCUACGACUACUACAAGGUGCCCAAAGAAAAGAGACUUCUGCAACUUUCCAAAGCCACUGAAAUUACAGAGGAACAGGAGAAGAGGCCGAUGUUGCAGAACAACCCCAGCAGCCAAAGCGAGGUGGAGAUGGUGGACAACCGCGUUCAGGUCCUCAAGUCCGUCCCCGUCAACCUGUCCUUGAACACCGAGCACCAGGAGACCAAGCGGGAGCAGUUCAGCGGCUCGACGGGGUCGGGGGACGGAGGCUCUCCGGCUGUUGCCGUGGUGAAGGCCGAGGUAUAUGCGCCCGUCUUCAUGCCAGGAGGGGGGGCUCACUACAGGGUGGAAGGAGAAGACUCGGCGCGGGUGAUCUACGAACAGAGUCCGUAUGAGGUGACCACGGUCAGUCACAACUCGUACGCCAAAGAGGACGAGCAGAGCCCGCCUGACAGUCCGUACGAAGAGGAACGAGACGCGAAGUACCACUCGCCUUCCUCUCUAGCCACAGGUGACUUCUUAUUUCAUCAGGAGGGAAUCGACAGCUUCCAGUACACGCUGGACGCCACGCGCUCGCUGCGUCAGAAGCAGGGCGAAGGGCCGAUGACCUACCUGAACAAAGGCCAGUUCUACGCUGUGACGCUCAACGAGCUCAGCGCCAACAAGCGCCUCCGACACCCCAUCAGUAAAGUCCGGAGUGUGAUCAUGGUGGUGUUCAGUGAGGAUAAGAACCGAGACGAGCAGCUUAAAUACUGGAAGUACUGGCACUCCCGGCAGCACACGGCCAAACAGCGAGUCCUGGACAUCGCUGAUUACAAGGAGAGCUUCAACACGAUCAGCAACAUUGAAGAAAUCGCCUACAACGCCGUCUCCUUCACCUGGGAUGUGAACGAAGAGGCCAAGAUCUUCAUCACAGUGAACUGCCUGAGCACAGACUUCUCGUCUCAGAAGGGGGUGAAGGGUCUUCCUCUGAUGAUCCAGAUUGACACUUAUAGCUACAACAACCGCAGCAACAGGCCGCUGCACAGGGCCUACUCACAGAUCAAGGUCUUCUGUGACAAGGGAGCUGAGAGGAAAAUAAGGGAUGAGGAGAGAAAACUGUUACGCAAGAAGUCGAAAGGGAAAGACGGAGGCGUCGGGGUGAUAAGUGCCACCAAGAAGUCCGACACCACCUAUUUCAAGACCAUGACCGACUUGGAUGCCCAGCCCGUGCUCUUCAUCCCCGAUGUUCACUUUGGAAACCUGCAGAGAGCCGGACAGGUGUUUACCUUCAACACAGAGGAGAUUGAGAGAGAAGGGAGUGUGGUGGUGAAGAGGAUGUUCAGGUCGUCAGAUGAAGAUCUGUGCCCGUCUCCUCACAAGCAGAUCAAAGAGGAGGCGCACAAGAGAGUGCUGCUGUAUGUCAGAAAGGAGACAGACGAGGUGUUCGACGCUCUGAUGCUGAAGUCUCCCACGCUCAGAGGCCUGAUGGAUGCUAUAUCAGAGAAAUAUGGCGUGCCGACGGAGAGGAUAGCCAAGGUGUACAAGAAAAGUAAGAAAGGGAUCCUGGUGAACAUGGACGAUAACAUCAUCGAGCACUACUCCAACGAAGACACCUUCAUCCUCAGCAUCGAGAGCUACGCAGACGCCUUCAAGAUCAUGCUGACGGAGAUUUGACAGCUUGUUAACUGACUCAAGAGACUGUGGGGGAAAAAAAUCAAAAGAGACACUGUGACUGGUUGAUAAGCUGACUGGCAUUACUGGAGACAGUCCACUGGAGCUGUACAGAUGCUUUGAGGUCAACGUGGAAACACGUGAUAUCUCUCCCACACUGUUACACUAUGAAGCAAAUUGCAUUUCCUGAUUCUCUUGUUGAAAGGACGUUCCUAUGAACUGGUUUGGGGUGAAAUGAUGGACCACAGAUUCAUAUUCUCCAGUUUCACAGCAUGUUUGUUUUGUAUAAAAGAAUAUGUAUGCUUAUCCUCAUUCUGUACAGACUUUAUGUUGCCAAAUAACACAUCAGGAGUAGACUUGUGAAAUGCCUGAUGUACUGUAUUUAGCUGCAGCUUGAUUUAGUUUACCCCAAGUAAUUUAGUAGCUUUGCAUGCUGGCCUUUUUUUUGUUAGAUGUUAUUUAUUAAUGCUUUAAUGAGAUUUUAAAUUUCGCAAUUUAUCCAAGAAUUUCAAGUGCUACAUUUUAGUGACUUUUAACUAGUACUCUUUAACAGUACUCGUUAAGUUUUAAAAUGUCAUAUCCCUUCAUUUCAGCCGUGUUGUAGUAUUUACAGGUCAAAAUAAAUAUGAUUUCUAGUCCUAAAUGAGAAUAACACUUGAAGACUAAAAACAAUCUCAUUGGAGACAAGCGAUAUGCUGUUGUUGUUGGAAACUCAAGUGUUUGGUUGUGUUGAAAAAUUAAUAAAGGUAUGGCGAUAUCAUUUUUUGGCAAAACUGUGAUUAGGAGUCUGUGAGUUAAAUGCUAGCAUGCUCACUAGCACACAAGGAAAGACUGUUAGACUAAACAUAGAAAAGUCUGGUUGCCAAACUAAUAAAUUACAUAUACAAGUGUGUUUUCUUUGU